UGUAUUGUGAUGGAUAUCGGAAAAUUUUAACUUAACCUUUCUGUUACAGCUGGACGGUGGCGACCUUGCUCUGGACAGGCGCUUAUUGAUAGUGACACUGGAGGAGACGACAAGAUCAAGAUGCUGGAACUAUGCAUUCUGAAGGUCGACGACCCCGGCUGCUUCUGGGGCCGGAUCGUGAAAGGUGCCGGCGUGUGUGUCGAAGACCCAAAGGAGUAUGAGGAGUUGCAUAUCCAGAUGAACCUCUUCUACCAUAAGGUCAACUUGGAUAUUGAGAAAAUGAGACUGCCAUCCCUGGAGGAAGGCCAGGUCUGUGUAGUCUACUCCGGUGCUCUGAAGAGCUGGUGCAGGGCGGUUUUGGAGUCCCUGUUUCAGGGUGCAGAUGGCUGCCAGGCUCUGUGCUUUCUGGUGGACCACGCUAAGCGCAUAUCUGUAAACGCGGAUAAAGUACUAGCUCCUCUGGAGAAGUUUUUGCAGUUACCCUUCUGGGUGAGAAAGUUCCAGCUUUCUGGCAUCCACCCCAUGACGCUUCAGGUGUCUGACAGCUUGGAGAAGGCUGAACUCGUGCCAUCCAGCCACUGGGACACCUCUGCCACAAGGUACUUUCGCAACCUUUUGCAAGCUUCUACUCUGAUGGAGGCUGUGCUGUGUGACGAGCAGGCUGAAUCAACAGCUGUUGAGCUGUAUUUGACCAUCGAAAAUAUGAAGAUCUCUGUUAACGAUGAGCUGGUAAUUAAGAAGUUUGCGUGCUUCUCAAGCAAAACAGGCCUGACCUGCCUAAACGGUACAGGCAGAGGCUUCUUUCCGGACAUCUCAGCCUGCGACAUCUUCUCCAGUCCCGGAAAGUUUCUGUUGAAUGAUUGUGGCAAACGGUCCACAUUGCCUUCCAUCUCACCAAGAACAGAUAGCAGGGAUGUUGAACCUGAGGCAGUUCAGGAAACAGAUGUAACUCGUGCCCUGGCAAAGCAAGAGGUUUACCAUGCAGGCCAAGAAGAAUAUGGCCUGAGUCUUCGUGCUCAUUGUCCCAAGUUGGAGAGUGUACAGAAUGGAAGGGAGAAGAGUGAGAAAACAGAGGCAGAGACAGCUUUGUCAGCUGGGGAUUUUAAUAAGGCAAUGGAGAGUUGUAAUGAAAGGAUUCCAGGGACAUCAUCAACAGAGCAACUUUCCCAAGACUUAAACUUAAGGUUCAGGAAGUUUUUGAAUCCUUUGCUAGACAAAUUUGUUUCGAAGGUGAGCUUUGAGGAGAAUAUCCUUGAGGCUGCAGGUGAAGAAGCAGAGAACAAUGUUUCUCCACUGGCCAAGCAAAGCUCUGCACUGCUACCAGAGGAAGUGUGUGCUGUUGCUGGAGAUCAGAGUAAGUGGGCAGCUUUUCCAGAUCCUCGAAGGAUACAGGAGGAGGUAAUCUGUGGAAGGUUGUUGCAGUUUCUUCAUCCUGCUCCUCUAGUUCUUGACUCUGAAUCGUCAGCUCUCACUUUCGGUGAGGAGCCCAGGAUGGAUGUUUUAAUACACUCUGCUAUAGACAUCCAGCCGUGCAACAGCCUGGCCUCUGCCCCUCUUACGGAAGAUGUCCAGAAGGCUCUGAGUCAGUGGAGCUACAGCAGGCCAGGGGUGACAGAGUGUUACUGCUGGCCAAUGGUGGCCCGUGGCUGUGACACUCUGAUUGUCUCCAGCAAUGGCGAUGAUCCCUUGAGCUACCUCCCACCUUUCCUGACCCAUCUGACCCACCUGAUGCUGAGUUCUGUUUACAGCACUCUCACCUCACAUACUGGACCCAUAGCCGUGAUCCUUUGUCCAGGGUGGAAGAAAUCACAGCAUCUGUCUGACAUGCUGGAGAUCUCUGCUGCACGGUCACUCAAUCCAUUGACCAUUCUGGUUGGACACAGGAGAGAGGAGGCCAAGUCUGUCAAAAUUAAGAACUGCCAGCUCCUGGUGACAACCCCUUUCAGUCUUGUGCGACUGCUUGUUUUCCACACCUUUCUCUUCCUGAGACUGUGCCACCUGGUUCUGGAUGAGGUGGAUGUGCUUUACACUCGAGCCCCCGAGGAGAUGUCCACCAUCCUGCAGCACUUUGAAAAGGUGGCAGCUAGUGAGGAGCGGACUUCAAUGCCCAGGCAGAUUAUCGCUGCAGGCAGGCGCUGGAGCCAUCACGCUGAGACCCUGCUGACGGAACACAUGAGAGACCCAUGUGUAAUCAUCACAGCCCCAGAGGAGGCUGCCCUCUAUGGCAAAGUGCACCAGAUUGUCCUGUUAUGUCUAGACGACACAAAGAUAUCUACAUUACCUCUUUGCCUUAACUUCGCUUCAGAUGUGGCACAGAAGACUCUCAUUAUCACUAACUCUAUGGAUGAAGUGGAACAGGUUUUUACGGCAGUGAGCAGCAGAGGACUGUUCGCCUGGAAGCUUCAUGAGAAGCUCAUUUACCAGUUUGACGUUAUCAUAGAUCAGUGGAGGAAAGUAAAUGAUCCAGGCACUCAUAUUGUUUUGGUUACCACCAAUCACUGUGUGAAGGCACUUGACAUUCAGGAUGCGACCUGCAUUGUGCAUUAUGGUUUUCCAAGCACCCCCAAGCAGUUUGGACAACGUCUUUUCUACAUGUCAAAGAACUUCGGGAAUCUGUCAGACAAGGACCGUGCAGAGAAGUUGUCCCACUCGGCCAAGUCUGUGCUGUUGCUUUCGGAAUACAACGCCAGUCACAUCAACGGGAUCCUGCGCUACAUGGAACGCGCAAAUGCCGUUAUACCCCAUGAGCUCCAGGAUUUUGCCAAGGGUGUAAUGCAAGCCAAGGAGAAGCAGAAGGCACAACGACCACUCUGUAGCCACCUCAAGAGCUUUGGGUUCUGCAGAGAUUGCAGAGUAUGUCCAGACCGACACACCGUUGACCCUGUGCAGGAUGCUCCACAGCACAUUAACUCCAGAACCAUAACGAUCCUACCACUCUACAUCAAGAAUGCUUCUUGUUAUUAUGGCCGCUUAGUUAGUGGAAAAAAAGACGGGUACAACAGCCUUGCAGCGCAGAUGGCUGAGCACUAUGCCAUUGAGAGGCUUCAUGCCACCAAAGUUGUAGAGGGAGGGAUUUAUGCAUUACAGGAAGAGGAUGUCUAUCACAGGGUUCGGGUGCAGGCUGUGAUGGAGAGGGGAGAGAGGCUCUUCUACAGCGUGCUUGUCUGCUUUUUGGAUGAGGGCCACCAGAAAGAGGUGAAAGCCCACCAGUUGCUAAUUCUGCCCAGCCAAUUCCAGAUCCUGCCACCACAGGCUGUGGAAAUCAUUGUGUGCAGAGUCCAGCCUAUCGAUGGAGAGGUGGACUGGAAUCCUAAGGUCAGCUGGCACAUCAGUCAGAAAAUUAAAGGUGUGCAACAUCAAGGCAAAAUUGUGCUUUGUCUGGGGAACACAGUCUGGGUGGAUCCCAUGGUGCGAAUCACCUCUAUGCCUGGACUGAAGACCACCAUCAAUGAAUAUGACAUCCACUCAGAGAUACUGGCCACAGGGAUGGGCACUAACAACCCUCAACAUGUGGUGCUGCUGAGAGAACUCUGUCAGAGGGCUGAUGUGGAGAAGAUCCCUUGUACGAUUAGGCCCAAGGCCCUUGAGCAAAUUCUGGAAAUAAGGGUGAAGGCAGAAGAUGAAGGCCUGGCAGACCAGGUGGUUUCUGCAAAGAACUUUCAGUCCAGACAGGAGACAGCUGCACAAAUUUUGAGAGAUGAGUGGGAAAAUGCAGCUGUGGAAGAAAAAGGUUGUCUUGUCCCAUCAGAAGCCCCAGAGAAGGAUCUGCAUGCUAGUUUGUCCAGUAAGGAUACAGCCAUCACUGUCCUUAGUGGUUUUAGAGACACUCUACAGAGCAGGCCACAUCCUCUUCCCGAGAAGAUGGUGGAGACCGAAAUUGAAUACCUUGAAGCAUCUGUGAAGGAUGAGCUGGCAGUACAGUCAUCUGUCCAUUCUGUAGCCAUCCACAUGAAAGAGGAGCAUGCACAGGUUCUAGGGCUUUUGCCACUGAAGUACUGCACGUCAGAUGGUCACGGCUCCAUUGCUGUUAAUGAUGUUUUUACACAAAGGUUCCACCCUCUGAUAAAAUGGUUUCAAAGAGAAGAUUCUGUUACAUUGACCAUCAAACUUGUUGACCCUGUGGGACAGACAUGUGAAUUUUUCCCUCACAGAGUUCUGUAUAGCGGCACAGUUAAUGACAGGCAUUACCACGCAGACCUGGAGCUGCAUAACGGGAUCAUUCCAGAGAAGUCCACCUGGAGCAUGAAGUGCAGCACGCCAGUGAUAAAGUUGAUGAAAGCCGAGAAAGGCUUUUGGAAAAUGCUGCUUAAGCAAAAGAGUGUAUUUGUGAGCUUGGACUUUGACCACCUUGAGGAAGAAGCUGAAAACCCUGGCAGUGGUCUCUGCUUCUUGGAAGACCCUGGAGAGGAGGGACGCUACAGUAUCCCUGGGAGUGAGAGUGCUUCUGACAGCGACAGCGACUCUUAAUUCCUUGGUAUUUCAGAGUUUCGUUUUUUCCUUGUCUAACUUCUCGGUGUGACUGGCACACAAAAUGCGUUCUAUCAUCUCCCUUCAGCAGAUUUCCUAUUGCAUAAAGUUUGAAAUUAUGUUGUAUCCUAAAUUUAAGUUUUGAAUUGCCACCAGUUUAAUACCUUCAUGAAAAUGUAGUGCUUGCCACUUAGAAGUAAAUAUUUUACCUGUGAAUAAAGUUGGGAAUCUAGCCCAGCCUUUCCUAUUUGUUUAUUAACCAUCGUUAUUAACCACAUGCUUCCUGAUGUUUUUCCUCCAAAAACAUUUGAUGUGCGCUUUAGAUGGUCUUAACCAGCAAUAGGUUGUGCUGAAUUCUUUUUGGUUGUAUCAUUAAAAUGUACACUUGUAUUUUAAUACUUUACCUAUUAUGGUCUGGGGUUCAAGCCCAGCUUG